AUGGCCUUAGCGCUGAUGGCCGGCGUGGGCGGCGCGGCCGCGAGCAGCGGCGCCGCUUCGUCCAGUACGAAGCCCUCUUCGGCCUCAAAGGUCAAAGGAGCUCCUCAAAAGAUGGACAGCAAAAAGGCCUUCGAGAUCCCAGGGCUGCAAGCCAGACCUUACCACGAUGACGAGUUGCAGGUGGCCUUUGAAAUCAUCGACCUGGACCGUCACGGCGAGAUCGGGGCGACCGAUCUCCGAAGGGCCUUGCAACUCUGCGGCGAACCGGAGCCCACGGACGCGGAGGUGCAGGAGAUGAUUCGGCUGAUGGACCCGGACGGUAGCGGCUCGAUCGCCUACGACGAGUUCCGGCGCUACUUUGUGGAGCCCCCACCGCUCUUCCGCAACUUCGAUCUGCAUCGCAGGGGCGGGGAAGCAGCUGAAGAGGAGGAGGUCGUCCCUGAGCUCCCUGCCCUGGACGAUGGCGACGCAACGCCCAGCGCUAUACGCCUGGAGAGUCGGAAGAAGAAAUUCACCAUCAAAGAGCAGUCUGAGGGUGACCCCCGCGCACCGUGCGUCAAAGUGUUGGCCAAGCAUGGCAUCACUCCGGAGUUCAUCCGCGACGUCUAUCAGACCUUUGUGGAGAUCGAUACCAAGGAGACGGGCUUCAUGAGCUUCGAGGCCUUUUGCAAGGUCUUCAGCCAGAAACCGUCGGAGAAGAUGCGCGAAGUCUUCGAUGCCUUCGACGCGGAACGGGAGGGUGUUGGAUCUGCGGCAGUUCGUCAUCGGGCUUUCCACGUGCUGCCUGCCAGGGUUUCCAUUCAGAGAUUGAGAAACUUGCAGAUGUACUGCAGAUGCGCGGGCUAUCAAGAAUUGCUGAAGCUUGAGAUGCUCCAUGAGCACCAGCCCUCGUUCUUCACCAUCUUUGUCUCGCACCAGUGGUUGGCAGGAGCACACCCAGACCCCAGCAGCAACCAAUUCCGGAAUCUGCAAAAGGCCUUGAGAAAGGUGCUGGACGGCACCAUCCGUCUGGAGUUGGACAUGACCUCGCAGUUCCUGGGGCAUCAGAAAACCUUGACGCUCCAGGACCGCGCUCUGCUAAAGGACGCUUAUGUGUCUUGGUGA